UGGCACAGCGUUCAGUCUGGCGCUUGAUAAGCUCAGCGCUGGUUGUUAAGUAAAUAUUGUACGAAUAAUUAAAAUAAUUACCGAACUCACGUAACACGAUGCAUAUUAGAAUACUGCUCAUCUUGUACUACGGUGUGUUGUGUAUACACAGCAUUGGCGCGUCCGGUUUGCGAAAAACCCGAAAAGUGCACGGUCAAGGUCGCAAUCCGCAAGCUGGCAUUCAAUCACCACCUGGAGACAAUUAUGACAUACAGCAAGAUUUGUUCUCCGCACUCGAUGGCGGUCAAGGUCAAGGCAAAGGAAACGGAAAUGGAAGGGGACAUGGUAAUAAUGGUCGUGGUAAUGGCGGUAAUAAGAAUAAGGGUGAGAAUUAUGACAUACAAGAAGAUUUGUUCUCCGCACUCAAUGGCGGUCAAGGUCAAGGCAAAGGAAAUGGAAACGGGAACGGAAAGGGGCAUGGUAAUGGCGGUAAUAAGAAUAAGGGUGGCAAUAAUGGUUUGCAAGGUUUCGUCUUGGCCACUGAGUCGGACAACAGUAACGCACCGCCAGACUGUGCAAACCCCAAUGGACCGGGUAAUGGACAUGGACGUGGACAUGCUUAUGGCAAAUGUCGCGGUAGGGGUAACAAUAAGUUCGGUCCGAAACCACCGCCACCAGGACUCUAUAAACGUUUUGCCGCCAUCUACAAUAAUGUGGAGAGAAAAGUACAUGGUGCGGCUUACGAUGAGACGCUCGAAAAUGAUGAGGUGAAUGAUGAUUUCAAUGGAAGAUCCAUUGUGGCGCCCGGACAAUAUCCACACAUGGCUGCAUUAGGUUUUCGCUCCUUCUCCGACAGCUACGAGUACAAAUGCGGUGGCAGUUUAAUUAAUGAGGUCUUCGUUUUAACGGUAGCACACUGUUGCUACCACAGCGGCCAACAGCCGGAGACCGUGAAAGUGGGUGACAUCAAUCUGAAGAACGUUGACUUCGAUGAGGUAUUUCAAGUGCGUCCCAUUGCCGAAGUGCAGGUGCAUCCUUUAUAUAACGCCUCGUAUUACUAUCACGACAUAGCGCUCAUACGGCUGGCACAGCCAGUGGUUUACACGAACUUUGUACGUCCGAUACGCUUGUGGGUUAGUGAUGACAUUCCUUAUGAUAAACUUCAUGCAAUGGGUUAUGGUUCGACCGCCUUCGCAAAGGCACCCACAAAUAUCUUAACCGAGUUGGAGUUGUCCAUUGUACCAUUGCUGCAAUGUAAUCAAAUUUUGCCUUCAGACACUGGUGUGCCGGAAGGGCUGUUGGAUUCACAGAUUUGCGCUAAAGAUUAUGAGCGAAAUCGGGAUACGUGUCAGGGAGACUCCGGCGGACCACUACAAUUGAAUUUAAUGCGUAAAAAUCGGAAGCACUUCCGCUACUAUUUAAUCGGAAUGACUUCGUAUGGCACAUUUUGUCGCAGCGAAUAUCCGGGAGUUUACACGCGCAUUUCCUCAUACAUUGAAUGGAUCACCUCGGUUGUUUGGCCAGAACAGUAUGACAGUUACUUUCCAGAACAAUUACAAUAGUUGGCAACGACUUAUAAUACAAUACAAUAACCUAUUUCAUAAUCUAUGUUACUAAGGAAAUCUACCGUUGUUUAUUAUGACAAUACAAGUAUUCAUUUAAAAUGUGUUUUAACUAAA